CUAAAUUAACCUCUUUUUGUUGUUUCUUACAAAAGCGCAAACUCCAAAAUUUGCAACCUUUGUAGCUUCAGUUUGCUUCCUACGACACCAGAUGUAGCUGAGUCAUCCAAUCACGAGAAAAACUGUCGGUGACGUCAAAACAGAAGGAAGUUAGUUGAGCAGAAGUUUGGAUGUAAAGUUAUUCGUUCAAAUGUGAUUAGUAAUGGCUGCGAAUUUACCACAUGAAUUUAAUAGAUACGCCAAAUACUGCAAGCACUUAAGGAGAAUUUUGAAGGAUACGAGACAUUCUUUCGAAGAUAUCGCUAGAAGUGGCUAUUUCGACGAAGAACAGCUUUUAGAAAUUCGUUUAAAACCUAAAGAUGUCCAAACUGUUCAAGAAGUAUUAUUUCAGUCUGUUGGAAUUGUGAUUUUAGGACAAAGUUUUUGGGCAAAAUCUUGUGUAGCAAAUGAAUUAUUUGGACAGCCUAUUCUUCCCACAGUACCAUCUGGAGAGACUGAAAAAGGUUAUUUGAAUUGGCGAAUGGUUAGAUUUAAAUAUGGGACGCAGACACAAGUAAGCUUGGCCUUACCAAACAGUUAUGAAUUAGUGGAGCAUCUUGUUUCAUAUGAUAAACCAUGGCAUACCGUACCUCUAGCUGAUUUAAAAUUAAAGGAAGAAAUUCAUGAUGAUCCAGCCUUAGAAAGUGCAGUAUUAGAAAUUCAUCUUCAUCACUCAAUACUUAAAGAUGAUGUUCAGAUAGUAGUUUCUCCCAGCAAUUGCAGGUUUAGUUUAGAACAGUUUUAUGAUGUCUGUACAGAAGGACUUUCACCUAUUUUGAUAUAUGCCAUUGAAUCGGAGUCAUUAAAUCAACGGGAAAUCACAGAAUUAAUAGAAUUAAAGAGAAAAGCACCAAAAUCUCCAAUUUUUUUUAUAUGUGCACAUCCACAACAAUCUUGUGAACUUACAGAAUCUGAACAACAUGCUCGUAGUUCUUUGGGUACAACAUCUACACAGACAUGGUCUCAUUCAUAUCAAGAACGUUCUCCUCUUCAUCAUUAUCAAUUGGCAAGGAAAAGAAGAGAAUCCUUUGAUGUUAGACUUAGAAAAACAUCAUUAACACUUUUUCAACAAUUAUGUGGAUUGGGAUUUCUUAAUAUGUUACCACAGGAUGUAAAUCAAAAAAGGCAUCGAAGGUAUAGUGGAACUAUUGAUGUUGAUAGUGAAUUGGUUGAAAAUUUUGAAAAUGAUCUCAGUGUCAAACUUAGUUUGAGUAAAUGGCUGUGGCUAAAAGUAUGGUUCAGGUAUCAAAUUAAAGCUCUAGUAAUGUUGCUGAAGAGAAAUUUGAGAAAGAUGCAAUGGUUCAGUCUAAGCGUUAAGACAAUGGAAAGCAAUAUGGCGACCACCUUACCGCAAUUACGGGAUGGAAACUUUUCUAACUGGAGAUUUCGAGUAGAAAUUAUUUUAGAAGAAAAAGGGGUAAAGGACCUCGUUGGUGAACAUGUAAUAGAGACUGAUGGAAUAACUGAGACAGAAAAGAAAAGAUUCAUCGAAAGAGACGCCAAGGCCAGAAGCAUAAUUAUACAGUGUCUAACGGACAGACAUUUAGAAUAUGUUAAAGAUUCGAAAACAGCUCGAGAAAUGAUGAAAUCUCUUACGAACGUCUUUGAACGAAAAAGUACAUUUUCUAAACUAUAUAUAAGAAGAAAAUUAUUGUCACUUAAGUGCGGAGAUGAUGACUUACAGAAUCACUUCGUAAUAUUUGACGGACUCAUAAGGGAAUUGGAGUCGACCGGCACAAUAAUGGAAGAUAGCGACAAGGUAAGCCACCUUCUUCUAACUAUGCCUCAAAAAUACGAUACGGUAAUAACGGCCCUUGAGACAAUGACGACUAGUGUAACCUUGGAAUUCGUAAAAAGUAGGCUAUUAGAUGCCGAACUUAAAUUUAAAAAUUCGGAACAUGGAGAGAAGACUGAAAGUCUCCCUUGUUUUAUAGGAGUGGGAAAUAAAGGUUGUUUUAUUUGCGGAGAUCGUCGACAUUUGAAAUAUAAUUGUCCUAAAAGAGGAGAGAGUACUCACUCAGGCCAUAAUGCCAGAGGGAAAAGGAAAAGUAGUGAAAAUAAAAGUAGAAGGAUUUGGAGAAACAACUAUCAGAAUAAUGGAAGUAACCAGAGAAACUAUGAAGAAAGAGCAAAUAUCACAUCACAUGACAUGGAAAUAUCCUUUGUGGCAUAUAACACAGAACAUGACACAAACAUCGGACAACAAAGCAUCAUACAUUUCGUAUUGGAUUCAGGAGCAACAGAACACCUAGUUCAAGAAAAUACUGCUACUUAUAUGACAGAUAUAGAAAGUUUAACCAAACCAAUAAGCAUAAAUGUAGCAAAUGGAGAAAAACUUCUAGCACAAAAAAGAGGCAAGAUAAGACUAUCUUAUAAUAAUAAAAAUAUUGUUCUGACUGCUCUCAUUGUACCAAAGAUUUCCCAUAACUUGCUAUCUGUAAGAAAAAUCAAUGACACUGGAAAAAGGGUUAUCUUUGAAAGAAAAAAGGCUGUUAUAAUGCACAGAGAUUUUCACAUGGAUUGUCCACUUACAGGAAGCCUGUUUAUUGCAAAGUUUACCAUAAGAAAUAAUAUACAAUGCCUCAAAACGGAAGCAAAUGACUUGUGGCAUAGAAGAUUAGGCCACCUAAACUACCGUGAUCUGAAAGUAAUGAAUCUGCCAUGCCCCAACCAACCUUGUGGACCAUGCAUGAAGGGCAAAGCUACUAGAUUACCAUUCAAAAGGAAUGAACACAGAUCACACAGAAUAGGAGAACUAUUGCACACAGACGUAUGUGGACCCAUAAAUCCAAAUACUAUAAAUGAUGAAAAAUACUUCCAAACAAUAACAGAUGAUUUCUCACAUUUUACUGUAGUAUAUCUCUUAAGAAACAAAGGAGAAGCAGCACUCAACAUAAUGAACUACGUCAGAGAAAUACAUGCUCAAUUUGAAAAAAGAGUAAGUCGUAUUAGAUGGGACAAUGGAGGUGAAUUUUCCUCAAGGAUAUUGAAAGACUUCUGUAAGAACAAAGGAAUAAAAAUGGAAUAUACAACAGCCUACACACCUCAGCAAGGAGGGUUGGCAGAAAGAAUGAAUAGGACACUAUUGGAUAAAGCAAGAACUAUGUUUGAAGACAGUGAUCUACCUAAACACUUGUGGGGAGAGGCAAUUCGUACAGCCGCUUAUCAGAUAAAUCGAUCCCCCACCACAGCACUCAGUGGAAAUAUCCCUUCAAGAAUAUGGUAUGGAAAAGUUGACUUAUCAAAACUAAAAGUAUUCGGUUGUCAAGCCUGGUUAUAUAAGCUACCACAAUCUACAAAGUUAGAAUCACGUGCCAAGGAAGUCAGAAUGGUAGGAUAUAGCGGGUCAGGAUACAGACUCUGGGAUCCAAAGGAAAACGAGAUCCUAAUAGGUAGAGAUGUAAAAUUUAAUGAAACUCCUAUGCCGGUAUACUACAAAACUCAAAGUGAUGAUGACUUCUAUGCAAGAGACAAAGAAGAGGACAACAAAACUAAUAGUGAUCAUGAAAAGAUAAAUCAAAAUCCAGAAACCUAUGAAGAGGCAGUUGAAUCAGGAAAAGAAUGGAAAGAUGCCAUAGAAAAGGAACUAGAGGCUCAUCUAAAAUUUGGCACCUGGACUGAAACAACACUUCCAAAGGACAAAGAUCCAAUAGAAACCAAGUGGGUGUUUCGAACAAAACCAGAUGGAACAAAGAAAGCACGUCUCGUUGCAAAAGGAUAUCAGGAAGAAGAAUUUAACAACUCAUAUGCACCAGUAGUAAGAAUAUCAACAGAAAUCACAGAAUUAAUAGAAUUAAAGAGAAAAGCACCAAAAUCUCCAAUUUUUUUUAUAUGUGCACAUCCACAACAAUCUUGUGAACUUACAGAAUCUGAACAACAUGCUCGUAGUUCUUUGGGUACAACAUCUACACAGACAUGGUCUCAUUCAUAUCAAGAACGUUCUCCUCUUCAUCAUUAUCAAUUGGCAAGGAAAAGAAGAGAAUCCUUUGAUGUUAGACUUAGAAAAACAUCAUUAACACUUUUUCAACAAUUAUGUGGAUUGGGAUUUCUUAAUAUGUUACCACAGGAUGUAAAUCAAAAAAGGCAUCGAAGGUAUAGUGGAACUAUUGAUGUUGAUAGUGAAUUGGUUGAAAAUUUUGAAAAUUUUCCUAGCAUCCUGUUGUAUGUGAGACAAAAUCUUCAAGCUCGUCUAGUUAACAUAGCUAAAAUUUUAAAUGAUGCACAUAAUCGAUGUCUGAGGAUGUUUAUUAUGAGUGCAUUUUCUAUGACAUGGGACAUGAUAAUUACUCCAAAACGACUUGAUUAUGCACGACAAAGAGAAGCAGAACUGUAUGAAUCAUUAAUGAAAAUUGCAAAUGAGAAUCAAGACGAAAUUCGUAAAUUAAUUGUUGAGACUAUUGACAGCAUGAAAGAAGAAUUGCUGGAAAGAGCAUCAAAACAUGAAUUUCAAGGUGUGCAGCUCUCUGGACAAAGUGAGCCAAUUUCAACGAGAGAUCUUCAUGUAUGCACUACAGAAAUACAAGAUUUAGUUCUUGGAACACUUAACAGUGCUGUUGCUGGAAAAUUAAUUGGAUCAGUUGAUUAUCUUCGAGAAAGUUUCAUUGGUACUUUAGAAAGAUGUCUUGGAAGUUUAGAGAAAGUUUGUAAAGAAAGUGGUGAAUCAGUACAAGCAAGUAAUGCAUUGAAACAAAUUUUGAAUGCUGCAUAUCAAGUUGAAGUUACUGUUAAAACUAGUUCAACAUUUUUACGAGCACUUUUUGAGAAAAUGAAGCAGCUAGUUCAAGCAUUGCCCUGGAAAACACCACCACACAUAGACAAAGACUGGAAAAGAAAAGUGGCUUCUGAUAUGUUAGCUAGUCUGAGUCCCUUACGUUUAUCAAGAUCUAUUUGCUCUCAAUUUCGAGAGAGAUUAAAAACAUCUCAUGAUCAUUUUGCUGCAUCUCUCAGACAAUUAGAAGCUAUUCAUUCUGGAAGAUUGGAAAGAACAGAGGAACAAAGAUUAAAAGUUCGAAAAGUUCAUGCACCAAGGAUUGCAAAAUAUGCAUUAGAAAGCACUUCAUUGACAGACAUGAUAUUAUUUGGAAUGCCACAAAUUGGAAGAGAGAUUGGUAGAGGUCAGUAUGGUGUAGUUUAUGCUUGUGAUGCAUGGGGUGGCUUUUCACCAUGUGCUAUAAAAUCUGUNGCUGAGCUCAUAGUGUAUGCUUCAAAGCAAAGUUACUAUCUAGCACAACCAUUUAAAGUUUGUAGAAGUAUACCAGAACAUGAUCGUAUUGUCCAAAUUAGUGGUUCAGUAAUUGAUCAUUCUUAUGGAAGUGGAAGCACGCCUGCUGUUUUGUUGAUAAUGGAAAGAUUACAAAGAGAUUUAUAUUCAGCUAUCAAGAUGGGAUUAAAUUGGAUGUGUCAAUUACAAGUAGCUUUAAAUGUAGUAGAAGGCAUUAGAUUUUUACAUAGUCAAGGUCUUGUUCAUUGUGACAUUAAAUUGAAAAAUGUACUGUUGGAUAAAAGAAAUCGUGCCAAAAUAACUGAUUUAGGUUUUUGUAAACCAGAAGCAAUGAUGUCUGGAAGUAUUGUUGGUACACCUAUUCACAUGGCACCAGAACUUUUCAGUGGACGAUAUGACAACAGUGUUGAUGUUUAUGCCUUUGGAAUUUUAUUUUGGUACAUCUAUGCAGGUCAUGUAAAAUUGCCUUAUGUUUUUGAGCAAUGCCAAAGUAAAGCAUUAUGGAAUGCUGUUCGGAGAGUAGUAAUGAUUUUAUUUCUAGGUGCAAGACCAGAAAGAUUACCUCAGUUUGAUGAUGAUUGCUGGCAAUUAAUGGAAGAAUGUUGGGCUGGUGAUCCAGGACAGCGCCCAUUGUUAGGCGAUGUAGAACCUCGUCUAACAAGAAUAAUGGAGCGUUACAUGGAUAAACCUGCUCCAAGUGGGUAUCAGGAUAAAUUGAAAAAAGGAAUGCGUAGAUGUAGACAUCAUUCUCGUAAACAUAAAUAAUUUAGAAUAGUUUUAAAUUAAUUUUCUUAUAGCACUUUAAUAUUAAUUAAAAAUGACAUCGAAAAGAUUUGUGGAAAAUAUAGUUUUAGAAGAAAAUUAACUAAUUACAAAGAAAUUAAUGGACUUUUAUAUAGCAACUUUAAUUGACCUUUUUAUUUAAUUUUAUAUAAACAUUGCAUCUUGUUAAAUGAUAUUUUUCUAUAAGAGCAAUGAUUACAUUAAAAAAUUUUAUAUCAUAAUUAGG